AUGGAAUUGGAACGUGAACGAGGGAUCACCAUACAAUCUGCAGCGAUCACACUGCUUUGGAGGAAGCACCGGAUCAAUUUGAUUGAUACACCUGGACAUGUCGACUUCACUUUAGAAGUAGAAAGAUGCUUACGAGUGUUGGAUGGAGCGGUCACUGUUCUGGAUGCAUCAGCAGGUGUGCAGGCACAAACAGUGACU